UGUAUAUUCUUGCAUUGCAAUUAUUUAUAAAAUAUUAAAAUUAGAAAAUGAAGAAGUUACAAGAGGAAAGCGAUGCCGAAAAUCACAACCACCUUGAAAUAGCCAGCGAGCAAGAUACGAAAGAGAUGGAUAUUACCGAUGAUGAUAUUGUCAAAGAGAUCCAUGGAUUUUGGAAAACAGGAAGAGUUGGAAAUUGAUUUGCAGCUCUUUAUAACAGUGAUGGCAUCCCUUAUAUUACAAUCGGACCGAAUUAUCCUUUUUCAAUAGCGAUGUUUGUUGGAGCAAUAUUCUACCUUGUCAUUGCCAGCUAUGCAGUAAGCAUAAUAGGCUCUCAAUUUUGGUACAUUAAGCUCAUUAUACGAUGCAUUCAAUGCAUCUUCUUUGUUUCCUUGCUCACGACAGUGCUGAUCAACCCUGGGACACCAAAGCUGAAAACUUCGAGAGAAUACGAUAAAGAUAUUUUUUGCGAGUAUUGAGAAAUAAUCAGCGAGCAUCCUACAGCUCACUGUGAUGUCUGUGGAGUCUGAGUCCAAGGCUAUGACCAUCAUUGCCCAUGGAUGGGUAAAUGUAUUGCCCAAGGCAAUAUCUGCCCCUUUAACCUGACUUUGGUAACCUUUGUGAUCUCCUGGCUCUGUAUGAUCCUUACUUGGCUCAUAGUUGUCAUGCCAACUUUCUUGAAGAAGCCUGAACACAAAAUGUAGAAAUUCAAUCAAGAUUUUGUUUGCAG